AAUUUGAUAGGCCAGCAAGUUCAAGGGGGCGUGGAAAUUAUGUAGAACCACGUGCGAAUAAUCCACUACAGAAUAUGCAUAAAUUAAUCUAUUCCAAUGACUGGGUAGGAUUAUUUUCAUUGAUAAAGUGUAUAUUUGUAAUUUGGGCCCCAGACAUAUCGACAGAAUUAAGAGAAGGACACAACAUUUGUGAGGAAGUUGGCAAUCAAAGAAGAUGUCGAACGGAGAAAAUAGCGAAGGAAGCGUGUCCAACGAAGAUUUGAAUGAAUCAGAGAUGUCGGACAAUGGAAGUGAAAGUGGAGAUGUGGGAUCAAGACGGUCCUCGGAUAAGCUGGACAGCUCAGACAGAGAACUAUAUGAAAAACUCAAGCGUCAGGAGCGCGAGGAAAGAGAGGAGAUAGAAAAGGAACUAAAACGGGCUCAUGAGGAGGCGAUAAUACGCCGGCACGAGGAGCUCCGCGCCAAGGAACUGCGGCUACACGCCGAGAGACUAUCACAGCUGGAGUCAGAAAGGGGCCAAGACUUGCGUGUAAACAAACACCACGAGGAAUUCCAUACCCUACGGGACGGGCACCCCCUUACAAAAUCUGACUCCACCUCAAGACUUGAUUUGUUGAAUCAUAGUGCUUUUUUGGACAGAAAUUAUCAUAGGGCAGGGUCGCUCUCCCCCCACAGUGCUACUUCCACGUCACCCACUGGCGAUGGUCCAGCCCACCAUUGGACCUUUGAAGAACAGUUUAAACAGGCCUUUUCACAGCUCUACGAGCUCAGCGAUGAUCCCAAAAGAAAAGAGUUCCUUGACGAUUUGUUUCAGUUUAUGCAGAAAAGGGGAACACCAGUUAACAGAAUUCCCAUCAUGGCAAAACAGACCCUGGAUUUAUACGAGCUCUUCCGACUUGUCGUAUCCAAGGGAGGUUUGGUGGAGGUCAUCAACAAGAAAUUAUGGCGGGAAAUUACCAAAGGUCUCAAUCUCCCAUCUUCCAUCACGAGUGCUGCAUUUACACUCAGAACACAGUACAUGAAAUACUUAUAUCCCUACGAGUGUGAGAAAUUGAAACUUAGCACACCCCAGGAACUGCAGGCAGCAAUUGAUGGAAAUCGGCGGGAAGGUAGGAGGUCCAGUUAUGGUUAUGAUCUCUCACCGGGACCCACGCUUAUCCCCUCGUCACACCACCCUCACCUCAACGGCGGUAUCUUUAACGGAAAACUGGGAGGGGCCGCUUCCGGAGGGGUGUUCCGAAACGAACAGCUUAUUCCCUCCUCCCUACUCAAGUACUCGGCUAUGGCAGAAAAUGGAUGGAAUCAAAAAGACUUACUAGAUCGUAGAUCUCCUCUGACCAGUUUGCAGAAAUUGUGGCAGUUGCAGCAUCAUCAGUUACUAACAGGGGGAAACGGGACACCAGAUGAUGACAGUUUGCCCCCAACCCCUACACAUCCCAGAAGUAUCACUGACCAUUUAACAGAGCGUGACGCAAUCGCAAUGGAAGCGGCGUCACGAGCCAUGGAACACGCGACGCGGAAGAUGGAGGAAGCGUCGCGCGCAGCGUCACAGCUUUCCGAAGAACCGCCAAGAAAAAGACCCCACAUCUCGUCUGAGGAAGAAAGAAUGCCCUCUCACGCCCUACCAAACACACACAUCAAAAUAACUAGUCGAAAUGAUGGUCGCUCAGACAUCGACAACUCAUUAGUGGUCAGUAUGGAGAUUAACGGGAUCAUGUACCAAGGCGUACUCUUUGCCCAUAACCCUCGUCGGAUGUGAAAAUCUUACAGAUGAAAGACUUUGGAGCAUUUUUUUAAAAAAAGAUUCUACCAUCCAGACAAGCCAAGUUGCCCGUUUUAUGUGGCAGACGACCCGGAAGACUGCCUGCGACCAUUUUUGGUCACCAUUCAAUUGCAUCGUCUUGAUCACUUAGAUGUUUGACAAUGCAUCAGCAGGUGCCCGCGUUGUGAUGUCUGAAAACACUGGUAUUUCAGCAUGAUGGUUAUUAAGCUAUAUCAAUAUGACAUGUUUAUUAUAGAUAUUUUUAAUUUAUUGUUUUCAUUUCAUCAAAUCUGUCUGAAGAUGUCAUUUUAAAAGACAUAACUGCAAAAACCAAAAAAAACCCAAAACGUUCAUGUCAUCAUCGGUUUUAAUGUAACGUGUCAUUCUGUACAUACAUUACCGAAUCAUGCAUCCCCGUGUAACUCCAUAGAAAAAUUUCAACCACCCGUCUUGCCCAUGACUCUUCGAGUCAAUUAUGAAAAAAAUAGAUAUUUUUAUCAGGGGUUAAAGCGUUGAACGUCUACGAAGUCUGUGCCAUAAUUCUUAUAUUGAUGAAGAUAUAUUGCAUGAAAAUCAGACAGUUUGAACUUUAUGGCUACAUCAUUUUUGCAAAUUCUAACAGGGAAAAUGGCUGUUGUAUUAGUUCAAGAAACUUUGUUAUAAUUGCAAUUAUAGUUCCCACUUAGAAUAUGUUUGCGUCUAUUGAAGUGCAAUGUUGUGUAAUGUUCUCAGUGUAUCUAAGGAUUUUUUUUACAGUGCAAUUAGGUUUUGUAGAAACCAUAGAAACAGAAAAGAUUUGAGAGAUAAUAUAGACAAUUUUUGGUACUCAGAAAUUGUAGAAUUACUCUUCGAAUCAGGGACUCAAACAAGAAUUUUCUGAACUGGGUACCAUUUAUUUAACAGAAAUAAUUUUGUUAAUAUUAAAUUAUGUAUAAUGUGAUGUGUAUUUGUUAUGAAUAUAUUUGCUUAAAACAAUGACUCAAUAAAAUGAAAAAUAUUUC